AUGGUGCUCUUUUCACCUCGAAGAAAGAUGGCUACGAUCUUCCUACUGCUGUUAUGUAGCUGUGUUGCUGCAUUUAAGCCUAUCCCACUAGACAAACGAAUUCCAGAGUUUGCUUCGAAACUGAAGGGGAAAGAUCUUGUCAACUACAUCAACAACAUUCAAAAGCUCUUCACGGCAAAUGUCUCAAGAUUGCCAGACUCUCAUGUGAUGAGUUUGAACUUUUUACAACUUGAUCAAAAACUCCCUCGCGCAGAGGAGCUCAACUACGAUGGAGAGAUUCCAGAAAGGUUUGAUGCUCGAGAAAAAUGGCCUUGGUGCAGUUCCAUAAGAAUUAUCCGUGAUCAGACCGAAUGCGGUACCGUAUCUACUUAG